AGAAAAGGUAUGUAUAUAAAACCGGUCAUUCAACCGAUUGCUUUUACUGUAUCUGCCAAGAGCAUAAUUGUCCAAGAACGAUCGCCAUUCCACUCCUUUCUUAAAAAUAAGAGAGAAUUUAGAAAAAGAUAUGAUAAAAUAUAUAAGUGUGAGAAUAAAUUUGUCUAUUUCACGUUAAUUUCGCAAGUUAAUAAACUCACGCAAUUCAAUUUAAUACAAUGCAAUGCACCAGGAGUAGGUCGAGAGAAGGGUCAGUAGAAUAAAUCAUUAAAAUUGUAUAAACAAUGUAGACGAGAGCCCAGAUAAUUUUGGAUUGUAAUAUUACGACGGUAGCAGUAGCGGGGAUCUUAUAAAGAAAGGCUGGGACUAUAUAUAUAUAAGAAGCUCCUGGUCAGCCAGACCAAGAGAAGCAUCUUUAUACACUUUAAAAUGAAGGUUCUCAGUUUAUUCCUCUUAUGUGCACUCAUAGCUACCGCUUGUGGUGGUACCAUUAGUGGCUGGAGUGGUAGUAACAGUGGCUGGAAUUACGGGGGUUCAAAUUAUGGUGGUGGUUUUCACAGUGGCGGCAGUGGUGGAAAAAUAAUUAAAGUUAUUACUGUAAGCGGGGGCGGCUGGCCAAGUGGAGGAUACUCAAGUGGAUGGCCAAGUAGUGGUUAUAGUCGUGGAGGAGGCUUUAGCAAGGGAUGGAAACUUGGAGGGGGCUGGAAACCCUCAGGAUGGAGUAGUGGAUGGAAACCUAGUGGCUGGUCCAGUGGAGGCUGGUGGUGAACAUGGUAAUCGGCGAGCAUUAUUUAAAUAGCUGUUCAGUUGGCUGACAAGUAUUCUAAUUUUAAUCGAUCAACACACCUUAAUAUUCACUAAUAUUUAUAGGAAAACAAGCUUAUAAAAAAUCUUAAUUGAUAAACUAAUUUGAUUUUCAUUGAUGGAAAGAAUAAUGUUACCUUAUAUAUUUGUAACCAUUUUAUUGUGAUGAAAGAGUCAUCGAUAAAAAAUACAUAAAAAUAAUUUUGUACCAA